AUGCAAUGGCGCCGGAUAAAUGGCUUUAAGAUCAUUCUAAUCAAGGAAAAAAAACAUGUAAAUGUAAAGAUCUUAGAACACUCCCUACACGAACUGUUUAAAAAUGUUUGUUCAGAUUUUAACACAGUUUAUUUGUUUUCAGACAAAAUUCAAAUUCUACCAACAUUAGGAGGAAAGACAAUAGUUAUGUAUCAAAACUACACAUUCUCGUUUAUGAAUGGUAAAAGAAAUUUGCGGUGUUCUAGAAAACUGACGAUGAAGUGCGAUGCUCGACUGACUCUGGACGCUCAAGGCAACAUUGUCUCUGCUUUCACUAAGCAUAAUCACCCGCCGCCAAAGUUCCAUCGAACAUCAGAAGGACUAUAUAUUAAAUUCACUUUUGUUUUUUCAGAUUUUAACACAGUUUAUUGGUUUUCAGACAAAAUUCAAGUUUUACCAACAUUAGGAGGAAAGACAAUAGUUAUGUAUCAAAACUACACAUUCUCGUAUAUGAAUGGUAAAAGAAAUUUGCGAUGUUCUAGAAAAGUGACGAUGAGGUGCGAUGCUCGACUGUCUCUAGACGUUCAAGGAAACAUUGUCUCCGCUUUCACUAAGCAUAAUCACCCGCCACCAAAGUUCCAUCGAACAUCAGAGGGACUAUAUAUUAAAUUACAAUAA